AUGAGUUAAUAAGAUGAAGGAGAAGAGAAAUAGGAUGUUGAAUAAGUAGAACCAAUUGAACCUGAAGAGCCAGAUGUUCCAUAAGAUGAAUAUUAUGCUCCAGAAUCUUUAUAAAUACAAAAGUUACAUAAUGAUAUAAAAGAGGGACUUAAAAAAAUUGGUAAAACUGCCAAUUUAAGUGGAUAUACAUUUGUUGAAUUAAUAUGUGAAAAUAAGGUACAAAUUAAUAUAAAGUAUAUUAGAAAAUAGAUAAGUUGUUUAAUAUAAUGUUGAAUUAUGUGAAUUUGAGGAAAAUUAGUUUUGCAAAUAAUCAAUUAAAUGAUGUGAAUACUUUAUAAAGUAUUAAAUAUUUAACAAAUUUGAAUUUGUCAUUCAAUCAAAUAACAAAUUUGGAUUGUUUUAAUGUUCCAAAUACAUUUGAAUUCUUAGAUGAAUUAAAUUUGGACAAUAAUAAAAUUAAUAACUUUUCAUAAAUCAAUGUACCUAGAUUAAAGAAAUUAUCAUUGAAAAAUAAUUUAAUUAAAAGUGCAUAAGGUUUUAAUGGGCAUAAUACAUUAGAAAUUCUUGAAUUAAGAAAUAAUAAAUUAGAAUCAUUUGAAGGGUAAUUAUAUCUAUAUAUGAAUAUAUUUAUAGAUUCUAGAAUUUAUUGAAACUUAAAUAAAUUUGGGCUGCAUAAAAUUCCAUUAUUUCAAUAGGACAUUUAAAUCAAUUACCUGAAUUACAUACUUUACAUUUAAGAGCAAACAAAAUUGUUGUAUUAACAGAUAUUCCAAAUUUACCAAAAUUACAUCAUCUUAAUCUUAGAGCUAAUUUAAUUGAGAAAUUGGAUGAAUUUAAUAAUCUUAAAUCUUUAGAGAGUCUUAAAUCAAUUACUAUGCAUGAAAAUCCUAUUGCAACUGAAAUGGGAGAUGGAAUAAGAAAAGAAAUCAUUAUGAUAUUACAAUAAAUUGAAAGAGUCAAUAAAGAACCAGUACCUCCAGAAGAAAAAGCUGAUGCUUUGGCAGAAUUAAAAGAAAGAAUUGCUGCUGCUAUUUAAAAGAAGAAAGAGGAGGAAGAGGAAGCUGCAAGAUUAGCUGAAGAAGCAAGAUUAGCUGAAGAAGCACGAUUAGCAGAAGAAGCUGCAAAAGCUGCAGAAUUAGCAGCUGAAUAAGCAGCUGCUGAAUAAGAGGCUGCAGAUAAAGCAGCUGCUGAAGGAAAUGCUAAUAAACCUAAAGUAGAUUAAGAAGAAGAAGAGGAAGCUUGAU